GUUUUCGCUUCUGCCGGCCGCUGUGGUGUCCCGGGCCGGGGAGUCCUCCCUGAGGUGCCCCAGUGAGCGGGCUGGUGGCGGAGAGGGAGGCGCUGCCGGGGCUGGGGUCGUGGGGCCGGGCUCGUUGGGCUGGAGCCGCGGACGUCCACAGCCCAAGUCAGCGACGCUGCCUGGGCCCACGUUUCGCCCCUGCGGCCGGCGGCGUUGUCCCUCUGACGCUCAGAAGCCGCCAGAUGCAGAACCUUCUCUUUGUCCCAUUCUCCUGACCAGCCGUGGCUGGCACGGAGCCGCGCACCUGUGGGUACAGCGAUGAACAGGGAAGACGUGGCCAGGUGACACAGCCUCGACUCCUGAAAAACAGCUCCUGAUACCUGAAUUACAGACCAUCAUCAGACAAACUGCUUUUAAUCAGACAAACUACUGCUGGAACAAGCUUCUCUUUGGGAUCACAAUGGCCACCCAAGGCAGGGGAAGUUUAGGCCUCAUCCCUAGGACUGCUGUUCUUCAGAAGCAGGAGGGGCGCCUGACCAUGAAGCAGGAGCCAGGGAGCCAGACCUGGGUGCAGGGCUGCAGUCUUCAAAAGAGCCAUACUCCUGUCUGUGAAAUUUUCCGGUUGCACUUCCGGCAGUUGUGUUACCAUGAAAUGUCUGGGCCGCAAGAGGCACUGAGCCGGCUCCGGGAGCUCUGUCGCUGGUGGCUGAUGCCAGAGGUGCACACCAAGGAGCAGAUCCUGGAGCUGCUGGUGUUGGAGCAGUUCCUGAGCAUCCUGCCUGGGGAGCUUCGGACCUGGGUGCAGCUGCAUCACCCUGAAAGUGGUGAGGAAGCUGUAGCUGUCGUGGAGGAUUUCCAGAGACACCUCAGUGGACCAGGAGAGGUUUCAGCUCCAGGACAGGAAGAGGAAAUGCAUUUGGAAGAAGUGACACCCCUGGGUACAACAGAGGAAUGUCCUCCUGCCUCACCCCUCAGUGAGGGUUUGGCCCCAGGAGCCCACCUGGAACCUUCUCAUGACCCAGGGGCCCACCACCUCCCCAAUAGGCACUCCGCUCGACGUGCUUCCCCGGUGCCUGCCCUUUGCCAGGCAGGGAUCUUAGGAGACCAAGCGGCGGGAACGGUGCUUCGGGCGGUCAGGCCCCAGGGGUCUGCAGCGUACGAGUUCCUGUCUGUGGACUACUCCGAGAGGAAGUGGAAAGGUCCGGCACUGAGUCAGAGAGCCCGGCGUCGGAACGUCAUGCCAGAAACGCACCGCAGCGUGGCCUCAUGGGGGGACACUAGGAUGGAGAAUUCAGAGUUGCCUCCAAAGCAGGAAAUUUCUAAAGGAUCAGAAUCAUCUGAUGGGACAUCAGGAGACCUCUGUGAGGUGGUUCCUGCGGGACCAGAGGCUGGAGAUGACUGUGAUGAUGCUUUAGAGAAGCCAGAAGUGCAACCUUCAGGUGAGGAAGGGAACAGACUGAAAAGUGAUUUCUUGGAAAUAACACAUGAGGAUAAAAACAAGUCCACGAAAGGUGGAUGUGAUUAUAAGGAACUUGGGGAACUUCCAAAUCUAUCCGCCAGUCCUGCAGAGCAUCAAGGAGUUCUGAAGGCACAGAAAUUCUAUCAGUGUGAUGAGUGUGGCAAAGCUUUUAAUCGGAGCUCACACCUCAUUGGCCAUCAGAGAAUCCACACUGGAGAGAAACCCUAUGAGUGUAAUGAGUGUGGUAAGACCUUCAGGCAGACCUCUCAGCUCAUAGUUCAUCUCAGAAUCCACACGGGGGAAAAGCCCUAUGAAUGCAGCAAGUGUGGGAAGACCUACCGGCACAGCUCCCACCUCAUUCAACACCAGAGACUUCAUAAUGGGGAGAAACCCUAUAAAUGCAAUGAAUGUGGAAAAGCCUUCACUCAGAGUUCCCAACUCAUUGACCACCAAAGAACUCACACUGGGGAGAAACCUUAUGAAUGCAAUGAGUGUGGGGAGACCUUCAUUCGGAGUAAAAGCCUUGUCCGACAUCAGAUACUUCACACUGGUGAAAAGCCCUACAAGUGUAAUGAGUGUGGGAAAGCUUUCUGUUCUAAUAGAAAUCUUAUUGACCAUCAGAGAAUCCACACUGGGGAGAAGCCUUAUGAAUGUAUUGAAUGUGGCAAGGCCUUCAGUCGGAGUAAAUGUCUUAUUCGGCAUCAAAGCCUCCAUACUGGGGAAAAACCAUACAAAUGUAGGGAGUGUGGGAAAGCCUUCAAUCAGAACUCUCAGCUUGUUGACCAUGAGCGAAUUCAUACUGGAGAAAAACCUUUUGAAUGUAAUGAGUGUGGUAAGGCAUUCAGCCUGAGUAAAUGUCUUAUUCGACAUCAGAGACUUCACACAGGUGAAAAGCCCUAUAAAUGCAACGAAUGCGGAAAAUCCUUCAAUCAGAACUCACACCUCAUUAUACACCAGAGAAUUCACACUGGUGAGAAACCUUAUGAAUGUAAUGAGUGUGGGAAGGUCUUUAGUUACAGCUCUAGUCUCAUGGUGCAUCAGAGAACCCAUACUGGGGAGAAACCCUAUAAAUGUAACGAUUGUGGAAAAGCCUUUAGUGACAGCUCACAACUCAUCGUGCACCAGAGAGUUCACACUGGUGAGAAACCCUAUGAAUGUAUCGAGUGUGGGAAAGCCUUCAGUCAGCGUUCCACUUUUAAUCACCACCAGCGAACUCACACUGGAGAGAAGCACUCAGCUCUGGCUCGGUCAGUUUCGUAAGUCAGAUUUUCCAAGACAGAGCAAGGAACUUUGAUUUAAAUUUCUUUAUAAGAAGGGUGCUCAGCCUGUGCUUUUGGAACCACUAAUUGUAGUGGGUCAUUCCUUAGCUGCUGUCUACUGGGUCAUGAUGAUGGGAGAGUGGGAGUAACACUGCAAUCCUUCCCCAGUAUUGGGGAGUAAGCACUAUACAUGUCAAGUACAUGCAGGUUUCCUGCUUCUUUCUUUCCUUCCUUUUCUCUCUCUCUCUCUCUCUGUCUCUCUCUCUCUCUCUCUCUCUCUCUCUCUCUCUCUUUCUCUAUUGUUUCAAAAUGUAUCUCAUUUCUUCCUUAUGCAUCCCAUAAGCCGACUGUGCUUCUCAAGGACAGAUCUUCCUUAUUGUAUUCUACCUCUUUCACCAUUUACAUAAAGUCAUUCUCUAAGACUGAUUUAUUCUUUCCUUUCUCUUGGUCAUGGCCCUUCUUACCUACUUUUUAAACUUCUACUCCAAUCUAGACUCUAAUCACUUGUGUACCCUACCCAGAAAACCUUUUCUUCUUCCCGUUUGCUAAUCUGUGUCCCUCAGAACCUAUUAGAUCCAUCUCAUCUCUGGAAGACUGUCUUCAAAUAUUUCUUCAUUCCUCUUAAAUUUUUUAUUCAUUUGACCUCAGUACUUUGAAUUAGCUGGUGCUACAAUGUGCAGCUGUUGAUAAAUUGCCUUGUAAAUUAUUCUCAGUGCAUAUAUGUAUACAUACAAAUUUAUUGUAAGUUCUUUGAGGUUAGGUAUGGUAAUUAUUUCUUUUAGCAUAUAGAUAAUAAUUUUCAUACAUUGUUAAUAAAUAAUUUUU